AUGGACGAUUGCGCUUUGCCCGACCUGCGGGACGUCGAGCUAAAGCUGGGGCGCAAAGUCCCCGAGAGCCUGGCGCGCUCCUUGCGCGGGGAGGAGCCCGCCGUCACCCGCGACAGGGAAAAGGACCGGGAGCAGCCCGGCGGAGGGCCUGGCAUCGCCGGCUUCUCCGCUGCUCGGCCCCCCCGAGCCGCCAUGGUCGAUGGCGGCGGCGGCGGCGACGGCUCCAGCGCGCUGGAAAGACUGGAGACCAAACUUCACCUUCUCAGACAAGAAAUGGUUGAUCUCCGAGCCGCUGAUGUCAAGCUAAUGCGACAGCUCCUGAUCAUCAAUGAAAGCAUUGAAUCCAUUAAAUGGAUAAUCGAGGAAAAAGGAACCAUCACCAGCCGGGGCAGCAGCUUGAGUGGCAGCCUCUGUAGUUUGUUGGGGAGCCAGGAGACCUCCCUGAGAGGCAGCUACAACAGCUUGCAAGACUGUAGUGAUGGACUGGAUGGGAUAUCAGUGGGAAGUUACCUGGACACUUUGGUGGAUGAUAUCCCUGGCCAGCAUACUCCUUCAGAUGUGGACCAGUUCAGUGACUCUUCUCUCAUAGAUGACUCACAGCCCCUACAUAAACAUCCCAAGAUGGAAUCCAAUGAGUACUACUGUUUUGGUUAAUAAAAUGAAGAUCUACGAGAGACACAUGUGCACUUGUAUUUAUGAUUCCUCUAUGCUGCUAUUCGAUGUAAGCAUUUUUAAAGCACCUUUAGCAAAGACAAUGUACUUUAAAUUUGCUCCUCUCUCUCAGUUGCUGCUCCUAG